AUGCUACCAACAGACGUUGCUCGUUCUUUGAGCCCACAAUGGCCGUGCCGCGAUGUCCAGGCGCGGCAGCUGGCCAGUCUCCUCAGUCCCCAGACGCCUAGCCCCCCUACGCUGGUUGUGCACGGCAUUUCAGCAACUUGCAAGUCAACUAUCACACGCGCAGUUCUCUCCGCACUCGAAGUGCCGCACGCCGUCGUCCGAAGCUCGGAAUGCAUCACAGGGCGGCAUCUAUUGACGAAGAUCUUGUGGGCGACUCUGGAAGCUCUGAAUCGGAAAGACGAAUGGGAGAAAUUUGGCAAGGGACGCGUUGAGCACGUCAGUACCCUGGCAGUCCUGCUGGACGAAUGUCUUUCCUCGAGAGCGGCCGACAAGACGGGCAAGUUCGUGCUGGUGCUGGAUGAGAUUGAUCGGCAAAGAGAAGCACCACCGACGCUCUUGUCCGCCUUGGCACGACUUGGAGAAAUUAUCCCAUCUCUCUGCGUUGUCUUAAUUCUCAGCUCCACACCACGACCGCUUUUCCUCCAAAAUGCAGCCGUUCCGCACAUCAGCUUCCCUCCGUACACGCGCAAGGAGGCCAUUGCAAUCAUCCUGAAUUCAGAACCGCCAACUGUGGAAGGGUUGCCAGCAGAAACCUCGUCACAGAUAUACCCAAACUUCGUGUUGACAAUAUACGAUACGCUUGUUGGACCGACAGCUGGAUCUAUCCCUGUUUUCCGAUCCAUCUGCUCAAGACUCUGGCCUCAAUUUGUUGCCCCAAUUGUGAACGGCGAGGCUCCUCCCGGCGGGAAUGCAGAGUGGGAUUUCUCGCACUUGGUUGUCAAGAACAGAGUGCUCUUCCGACAUCAAGGAGAGUCAGCUCUGGUACAUCGGAUUGUUCCCGAAGAAGCUGCCACCGCAACAUUGAAACCACGCGUUCCCUUGGCUGCCAGCGCAGUGCCCUCAGCUCUUCCCUCUUUGCCCUACUUCUCUACACUGAUCCUAACAUCUGCCUAUUUGGCUUCCCAUACGCCCCAGAGACUGGAUACAAUCUUCUUCUCUAAGUUCUCAUCCUCAUCACUGUCCGCCCGCAACAAACGUGCGCACCACCGUCGUCGCCUGAAGGUUCUUUCACAGGCUCAGGCCGAAGAGCAAGCCGCUGGCGGAGGUCCGUCCACCCCAGGCAAAAAAGGCAAGCGAAGCAAGACCCGCAUCACCAAAUCGACGCUCUCGUCUGCAUUCGCGACGUCCUCGGCUACCACGUCUGCCAUGGGCGGCGGAGCCGGUAUCGCAGGUCCAUCCACGAUCCUCACAGCUCGUCCCUUCCCACUGGAACGGCUUCUUGCAAUAUAUCAUGCCAUCGACCCCAACCCGCCAGCAAAUCCGAUCCGUGUUGGCGCCGUCGCAGACCAGAUCUACGCUGAGCUAGCUACUCUCCGUCGUCUACGUCUGGUUAUUCCCGCAUCGGGUCAUGGCGGCGGAGUCUCUGGUAUCGGUAGCGGAAAUACUACUGCCGAUGCUGGCGACAAAUGGUCCGUUAAUGUGACGGGAGAGUGGAUCGGUGAGCUAGCCAAGGGCAUUGGUGUCGAGGUCGGGGAAUGGCUGGCUGGUGGUUUAGACUGA